AGACAGAAGUGAAAAUCCUGCUGGGUGUCGGAAAGGCACCUGAUGGAGGCUGAGGGCUUGGGAAAUCGUCAGGUGUGUGUGGCCGUUCCUUCCGACACCGCACGGACGGAGAAGGCAGAGGAGAUGGGCGCCUUUCUGUGGGGUGAUGCUGCAGGUGCCAUCCCACAGCUCCUGACUGCUCUCACAGAUCCCGCCCAGGGCAUCUCCCUGGUUUAUCCCGUGACAGGCGUCAGCUACUGGCCGCUGCCAAGGGCAAGAAGACAAGAAAUAUUUUUGUAAACGGAGAAUAACAAUUCUUUUCAUCCCGGGGAGAAAUCUCCUCGCCUCCCGGCGCCUUCGCAGCCGGAUUGGCUGUGCAGGGCUGCGGGCGGCCGCGUGCCGGCGGGACAAAGUCGCUCUGUGGGGGCUCCUCACUGCCGCCUUUGUCCCUGCGGGGCUCCGGCCACCCCCCCCCCCCACCGCCGCCCCUCCCUCGGGCCGGGCUCCCUGCGGCCCUUCCCGGGCGGCGGGGGAGAAGCGCGGCGCUCCGGCCGUUAGCGCCCGGGCGGCGAUGUUACUAUGGGAGCGACGCAGGGCUCCGCCGGCAGCGAACCGCCAGGGCCCGCGGGGGAGGCGGAGCAGGCCCCAGGCAUGGAAGAGCUGAUAUGGGAACAGUACACUGUGACCUUACAAAAGGAUUCAAAACGAGGAUUUGGGAUUGCAGUUUCUGGUGGCAGAGAUAACCCACAUUUUGAAAAUGGUGAAACCUCAAUAGUCAUUUCAGAUGUUCUCCCAGGUGGCCCAGCAGAUGGAUUACUUCAAGAAAAUGAUCGCGUGGUGAUAGUUAAUGGGACCCCAAUGGAAAAUGUUCCACAUUCUUUUGCAGUACAGCAGCUUAGGAAAAGUGGAAAAGUGGCCACCAUUGUUGUGAAAAGACCACGGAAAGUGCAGGCUGCUGCUUUGAGGAGAAGCCCUUCCCUUGACUAUGAGGACAGAGCUUUAGAUGUAAUGGAUGACCAUGCAGAAUUUGAUGGCAAAAGCGCUCGAAGUGGUUACAGUGAAAGAAGCUGGCGUAGUGGCAAUGGAGGGCGCAGUCAAAGUUGGGGAAACAGCCUGGAUCAGAGCUAUAGAGAUGAUCAAGACAGAGAGCACAGCCGAAGCAGAGAUUGUAGUAGGGAAUGUAGCUACAGCCGUGAUCGAAGUCGUGGUAGGAGCAUUGACAGGAGCUUGGAUCAAGACUAUGGCAGAGAUCGGAGCAGGGGAAGAAGCGUUGACAGGGAUGGUGGCUAUGGACAGGACUUCAGAAGAGACUACAGUCCAGCCAGUUACAGACAUGGAUCUCAACCUGAUCCCAGAUACGUGAGGGAGAUGAGGAGCCUAAGUCGAGACAGGCUUCAUUCUCGUAGUCCUUCACCUGAAACACACCAUCAGCAUGAGUACCUAGGACCACAGGAUCAGAAUGGACCCAUCAGUGUUCUCUUAACAAAAGGCAAACAUAAUGAAGAAUAUGGUCUCCGACUUGGAAGUCAGAUCUUCAUAAAAGAAAUGACCAGUACUGGCCUAGCAACCAAAGAUGGCAACCUUCAUGAAGGGGAUAUCAUUCUUAAGAUCAAUGGUACAGUGACAGAAAACAUGUCUUUAGCUGAUGCCCGAAAGUUGAUUGAGAAGUCUCGGGGAAAGCUCCAGCUGGUUGUCCUCAGGGACAGAAAGCAGACCCUGCUCAACAUUCCUUCAUUGAAUGACAGUGACUCAGAAAUGGAUGAUAUUUCUGAAAUAGAGUCAAACAGAUCAUUCUCCCCUCAAGAUGACAGAUUACAUCAUUCUGAUCUGGAUUCACAUUCAUCCAAUGAAAAGCUGAAAGAUAAAACAAAUUCAAAAGAUGAUCCGUCCAACAGGAUGUCCAGGAUGGGAGCAAUGCCUACGCCAUUUAAAUCAACUGGUGAUAUUGCUACAACUGCUGUCACUGUUGUAGAUGCAGACAAAGAACCAAAGUACCAAGAUGAUGUAGCAGUGCCUCAACCAAAAGCGGCUACAAGAACGAUUCUUAAACCCAGCCCCGAAGAUGAAGCGAUAUAUGGUCCUAAUACGAAAAUGGUGAGAUUCAAGAAAGGGGACAGUGUGGGUCUGCGGCUUGCUGGUGGAAAUGAUGUAGGGAUAUUUAUUGCUGGAAUUCAAGAAGGCACCUCAGCUGACCAGGAAGGACUUCAGGAAGGAGAUCAGAUUCUCAAGGUAAACAGUCAGGAUUUCAGAGGCAUUGUUCGGGAGGAUGCUGUUUUAUACCUAUUAGAAAUUCCCAAAGGUGAAACAGUGACAAUUUUGGCUCAAAGCAAAUAUGAAGUAUACAGAGACAUCAUGGCCUGUGGCAGAGGAGAUUCAUUCUUCAUCAGAAGCCACUUUGAGUGUGAAAAAGAGUCACCACAGAGCUUAGCCUUUACCAGAGGGGAAAUCUUUAGAGUAGUUGAUACACUGUAUGAUGGCAAACUGGGAAACUGGCUGGCUGUGAGAAUUGGAAAUGAACUUGAAAAGGGCCUCAUUCCAAAUAGGAGCAGAGCCGAGCAGAUGGCCAGUGUUCAAAAUGCCCAAAAAGAUGGCCCUAGUGACAGGGCAGACUUCUGGAGAACACGCGGCCAGCGAUCUGGAGUGAAGAAAAAUUUGAGGAAGAGUCGUGAAGAUCUGACAGCUAUUGUAUCAGUGGGCACAAAAUUCCCAGCUUAUGAACGAGUUCAGUUGCGUGAAGCUGGUUUUAAGAGACCUGUUGUGAUAUUUGGCCCUAUUGCAGAUGUUGCUAUGGAGAAGUUGUCAAAUGACUUGCCUCACCUGUACCAGACUGCAAAGACAGAACCCAGAGAUGCAGGUUCAGAGAAGGCAACUGGGGUAGUACGCUUGAACACCGUGAGGCAAAUCAUUGAGCAGGAUAAACAUGCUCUCUUGGAUGUGACUCCUAAAGCAGUGGAUCUGCUAAAUUAUACCCAGUGGUUUCCCAUUGUAAUCUUCUUUAACCCAGACAGUAAGCAGGGUGUGAAAACAAUGAGGCAAAGAUUGUGUUCCACAUCUAACAAGAGCUCAAGGAAGCUUUACGAGCAAGCAAGUAAGCUGAAGAAAACUUGUUCCCACCUCUUUACAGCCACCAUCAAUUUGAAUUCAGCUAAUGAUAGCUGGUAUGGUAGUCUGAAGGAUACAAUUCAGCAACAGCAAGGUGAAGCAGUUUGGGUGUCAGAAGGAAAGGUAGAUGGCAUGGAAGAUGAUGCAGAUGAUCGCAUGUCUUACCUUACUGCCAUGGGUGCAGACUAUUUGAGUUGUGACAGUCGGUUGAUCAGUGACUUAGAAGAUACAGAUGGAGAAGGAGGUGCAUACACUGAUAAUGAACUUGAUGAACCUUUGGAUGAACCAAGAAUUUCAUCUGUUGGCCGGUCCUCUGAACCUGUACAUCAUGAGGAGAAUAUAAAGAAAUUUAGCUUGGAACAAAGAACUCCAUUGAGGAAAGCUGGUAGCAGGGAGAUUCUUAGAGAACCUAGUCCACCUCCAGCAUUCAAGCCUGAACCACCUAAGGGGAAGUUACAAAACAAAGAGGAUCUAUAUGACUUCCCUAAGAACUAUGAUUCCAAACCAAGUAACAUCCAUAUGAGCAGUGAGACUUCAACUGUAUCAGCCAAAGCAGCACCACCACCUGUUUCUGUGAAACCUACUUUUGGGCGUCCCAUCCUGAGAAAUACUCAGCCAGCAGUCCCAUGUGCAGAAGAAGAAGAGGAGGGAAAGUUGGAAGAGGAAGGAAGCGAACAAGAAAAUACUCCAAAAUCUGUACUGAGGAAAGUAAAAAUAUUUGAGGAGAUGGAUCAUAAGGCGAGGAUGCAAAGAAUGCAAGAGCUACAGGAGGCCCAGAAUGCCAGGAUUGAAAUAGCCCAGAAGCACCCAGAUAUUUAUGCUGUCCCCAUCAAAACACAGAAGUCAGACCAGAACUGGACUCAGCCCAUGAGCUGCCGCCCUCCAGAACCCCAGAAACCUCCUACCAGACCUUACCUGGAGGAUCGUGGCAGCUGUGGCAGUGAUGGAGAGGAGGAGGAAGAGUACCGCCGGCAGCUCUCAGACCACUCUAAGAAAGGUUACUAUGGACAGCCAUCCAGAUACAGAGACACAGAACUCUAGGCUUGCUGGUCCGUGCAAGCAGAAUGCAGAAGGAGGUUCUCUUCCUUCCCGGCCAAAGUGGAGCACAGUUAGUCUUGCAAAGCUGUAUUUUUUGUAGGGGAAAAUUAGUAGGUGUGCUGCACAACGUAGACAUAUCCAUAGGCUGAAACUGGAAGACUUUGUUUUUUGGGGAUAUACCAUUUUGUUAGCGUCUAAGAAAAGAAAUCACUAUCGCCUGAACGCUGUUGCCUGUUUUGAGAGGACCAAAUCCUGUUUUAAAGUUUGCAUUAUUUGUUGCUAUUUUCAUACUUUAACAUGAAAACCUUUUUUUCCCUUUUAUUAACGCUGCCAAUUUGGGCUGUUCUAUGAAAAUAUGAUCUAGGGAUAAACUCCUCGAUGCAACAGAACUAAACUUACAAGUAUGUAAAAACAGUAAGUGCCUUUAACAAGAAGCAUUUCUAAUUGUUUGUUUGGACAUCUGAUACGUAUGUAAAGCCAUAACACACUAAUGGGGGGAUGGACUCUUUUGCCUAACUUUUUUAUCAGAUUCAUGGCAAGAAUUUACCUUGUAUGUUGUUUUUCAGAGUUCAUAUAAGCACGAUAUUUCAAAAGUACUGACUGUACAUAACUGACUGUGCAGCUGGUCAGGUUGGCUGGAAAAGACCAGGUUGUGCUAAAACAGAAAAAAUGGUGUAGAAAUUCAGUCAUGUAUCGAAAUUUCCACAGCCACAAAUAAUAAACAAUAGAUUCUAGACAAAUGUUGCAUUUCUUUUUUU